AGAAGCACUUGGAUCAUUUUCUUUUAUCCGUCUGUAGUCACAUUAUAAGCCCUCUGCCUGAAGUCUGAGAAGUGAGUACAUAAUACUUCAUCCCAGGCAGUGGAUCUCGUUUUGAGAAAAGGCGAGAGAGAUAGAGAGAAACAAAGGAGCAACGAUGCGAUACACCAUUCUUUGGCUGGUUACGUGGGCGAGUGUUGUGACAACUCAAUUCGAAGGAAUUGUAGAGGAUGAGAUCACCAAAAUCCUUCGGGAGUUCCUCAGGCAGUACGACCCUUAUCGAGUUCCUUACGUGGACGACCUUCACUUCGUUCUCGAAGACGGAUCUGACAUACACUUGGCCUUCAAGCACGCUCAUCUGGAAGGGUUUUCAGUCGUGAAUUGCACUGGUUUCAGCCCACCGAUUUUUGGGAGCAAGGUGGCCCUUCAGUUCCAAAUGGAACAGCUGAGAUUUCCGGCCGAGCAUUACUCAGCUGAUGGGACACUCAAGUCGCAGCCCUACUCAGCAGCUGGAGUGGGAGAAAUGGUCGCCCAUUUGCUGACCGGAGACAUUUCUUUCGACACGGAUGCCUUCUCUCUGUCUCCUCUGUCGGUGUGUGCCAAAGAGGGGACACUGAACAUUGACCUGUCCGUUGCCAGACUUGAGGGAAUCUUCGAAAACGGAGAGGAAUUGAGCGCCGAAUUCGAGGCCUACGGCUCCGAGUUGAUUGACGACCUGCAGAACUGGCUCCUCCAGUAUUACAGUGAAUUCUUGGUGGCUCUUUUCAACAACUUCAUGUGCCACUCAUAGAUGGCAGCGCUUGUGUCUUCUUCGUAGUGAAAGUGAUUUCUUUUUCUGGGGUACAACCAGAUUUUGGUAUUUUUUAUUUUAUUACACUACUGUUUUGUUUACUACUGUCACUCACUAAUAAUGCUCCUGUUGGUGCAAAUGCUAAGAAGAUACGAGAUUUAAAACUGCUUUUCAUAUAUAUAUAUAUAUAUAUAUAUAUAUAGAUUAUAUAU